AUGUUUGUACCCUACCAUUCUCCCAACAGAACCUUCUCUCCUGCCACCUCCUGUCUGCACACUCAAGGCUCUCCCAAUUCGCCACUCUUGUAUGAUCGAUAUUCGUCUCAACACCGACCGGACUCUAAUGUUUAUUGUAAGCCCAUAAAUUUUAUCGUCCUAGUUAAAUCCAACGAACCUGCUCAUAGUUCUUGCUUCCCUGAACAAUCCAACAUAGUUCGACAAAGGAGUCAUUUUUCGAAAGCAAACCAAAGUCCUAAGAAAGCACAAGACAUCUCACACAAAAUCGACUAUCUUGAUGGCUCAACGUACUAUGGCGAAACCAAGAAUUAAAUGAGACAUGGCAAAGGUACACUCUACAGUUCUGAAAACCAUUUAAUUUAUAUCGGAGAAUGGAAAGAAGAUAAGUAUCAUGGCUUAGGAAUUUUGAACAAAGGGAAUAUCAGAUACAAAGGUUAUUUCGAAGAUGGCUUGGUAAGUGGAGAAGCCAUUGAAGAAACCAAAACUUUUAAAUUCUAUGGUUUCUUUAAAAAAGGCAAGCGAAAUGGUCCAGGUUCUCUACUAAGUAGAAAUCAUCUCACACAAGGCAUUUGGAAGGAUAACCUCCUUUAAGAACUGUGUUGA